UGGACUUUGCAUCCCAGAACCUUGGCUCAAUUUGUCCAUAACCUUGGGGAGAAGACCCCAGCACUGGUGAAGGCCGCUGUGACUUAUUCGAAGCCUCGAUUGGCCACAUUUUGGUACUAUGCCAUGGUUGAGCUGGUUCCCCCCACCCCUGCUGAGAUCCCUGGAGCGAUUCAGAGCCUGAAAAAAAUAGUCAGUAGUGCUCAGCCUGGUAGCUUCAAACAGCUCACGGUUAAGGAAGCUGUGCAGAAUGGUUUGCUGGCCACUGAGGUGUUGAUGUGGUUUUAUGUGGGAGAGACCGUAGGCAAGCAUGGCAUCAUUGGCUAGAAUGUUUGAAGACCAAUCUUUAACAUCUGAUUAUAUUUGAUUUAUUAUUUGAGUGUUGUUGGACCAGGUGUGAUCAGACUGCUAUCUGAAUAAAAUAAGAUUUGUCAAAAAUUCCAAAAAAAAAGUGAACCAAGCAGUUCCAACCUAUGUUCAAGGGUCAACUGUGUCUAUCUUUUGAACCAUUUGAGAGUAAGUUGCCCCUUUGCCCCUAAAUAUUUCGGUGUGUAUCUCCUAAGAACAAGGACAUUGUUUUGCGUAACCACAGAAUAAUUACAGGAAAGUAACAUUGUCACAACACUAUUAUCUAAUCCACAAGCCUUAUUCAAUUUUUUUUUUUUUUUUUUUUUGAGACGGAGUCUUGGCUCUUGUCAUCCAGACUGGAGUCCAGUGGCAUGAUCUCGACUCACUGCAACCUCCGCUCCUG